CCAGCUUGCAAUCGACCAAUUGGCGCCGGCAUUCCGUAAUCAUGGCAGAGGACGAUCACAAGCCCGCGGUGGAUGUUCCGCAGGUGUCCAUUUCCAACAAUGAAGCUUCAAACCCGCCCUCGCAGCAGAGCCAAGGGAACGACGUCGUCAUGGCGGAUGUGCUAACAGACCAAGCAUCACCGGCACCCGCUGCCUUUGCACCUAGUCCUGCUCCUGGCCGAACAGGAACUCCAGCGCAUGGCUCCAGAGCGGCAUCAGCGCACCCAGAUUCAGGAUUCACAAUGCCUUCAGAGCCGCCGUUACAUGGCGAUUCAACGCGGCGAUACUUGAAUUCAAAGGUCACGGGUGCUCUGCUGGAGGGAAUGAAACUGUUGGCCAAAGAAAAACCAGAAGACCCCCUACGAGUUUUGGGCGAGUAUUUGAUACAAAAGUCAAGGGAGCUGGAGAGGACAGGGUAAUUUGAUUCAAAGCAUCAUUAUUAGAUCAUGGGACAAAGGCACGUUGAAGGCGUUGAGGAUUUCAGAUUACAGGAUCAGGGAUUUUAGGAUACCCAGAGCACAUCUAUAUCAAUGAGCAGUCCAAUUGCUUUCGAUUUGAGCAUUUGACUGCCGGCUCGGUCUUUCCAGACCAACGCAGAAGAAUCAUAGCUCUAAAUGCAGCUUUUCAUAAACGUCCCAAACUCCUAAGACCUGAAAACCUCCACGACCAUGACCGUAAAUAACCCGUGGUCUUUUUUU